AUGUAUUCAUCGAAAGAACAACAAUCUUUCGAGUUGGAACAGCAACAGCAUCAACAGCAGCAGCAAGGUGGCGAAGACGGCAAUUGCAUGGAAGCCGCCUCUCCUAAUGACGAAAACAGUGGGGUGCGAGGUUCCCUUGGAUCUCUAGGGGGUCCAAGAAUGGCUGCUGGAGAUAUGAUGUAUGAUGGACAUGGUAGUCUAUCUGCCGUCCCGGUGUCAACACUAACUGCUGCUCAAGCCGCAGCAGUUCAACAGCAGCAAGCCAUGGCAGCUGCAGCCAAUUAUCGUUACAUGACCCUUAAUAGUCAUCAGCAAAUGGCUAACCAUCCCCAAAUGAUUCCCACUGAAUACGUCUACACUGGUGGUCCUGUGGGUAACCACGUCUUGAGCACUCAACCCGUUAUUCAAUCCCAUGCGCAGCCAUUAAUCUACACCACCACCACCACAGCUAAUUCUCAACAUCAACAAAUCCAACAACCCUAUGACCGUUGUCCCGCUAUAUGUAGUUUGUUUGCUAUCUUCUGCUGCCCAAUUACAUUCUGGUGUUCCCUUCCAGCCCUUGCUUAUUCACUCUGUGCUUACACCGACUAUAGAGCCAACGACAUGCAUGCCUAUCGCAGUAAAUCUGAUGUUGCGAGAAGGUGUGUUAUCAUCGCGUGUAUUAUAGGCCUCAUUCUCUGUAUAAUCUGGGCAAUAUUGACUUUCCUCUAUUAUGGAGAAAUGCUGCUUCUACUAAGCGAUUUGAUCAAGACGGUGCAACGACAUCUUUGGCCAAAUAAUUAA